AUGUCUAAUACUGACUUGGAUUGGCAAUUACAAGAGCUUGAAAAUGGAAGGGUAAUUCCUGAAGCCAAUGUGGUCGAGCUUUGCAAGCGUGUUCGUGAUAUAUUGAUAGAGGAAUCAAAUUUACAGCAUAUCUCUUCUCCGGUUACUAUUUGCGGUGAUAUUCAUGGUCAGCUUCACGAUAUGCUUGAGCUUUUCCGCAUUGGUGGCUCUUGUCCAGAAACAAAAUACGUAUUUUUGGGCGAUUUUGUCGACAGAGGUUUCUACUCCGUGGAAACCUUCCUUUUGCUAUUAACACUUAAGUGCAAGUAUCCAGAUUCAAUCACAUUAAUUCGCGGAAAUCACGAAUCCCGCCAAAUCACUCAAGUAUACGGUUUUUAUGAUGAAUGUGUUCGCAAAUAUAGCUCUGCAAAUGUUUGGCGUUAUUGCUGCGAAGUGUUUGAUUAUCUUUCUUUAGGUGCUGUUAUUGAUGACAAAGUUUUGUGUGUGCAUGGUGGACUUUCUCCGAGUAUUACAAGCUUGGAUCAGAUUCGACUCAUUGAUCGAAAGCAAGAGGUCCCCCAUGAAGGCGCCAUGUGCGAUUUACUCUGGUCAGAUCCAGAAGACAUCAGUGGAUGGGGUUUGUCGCCUCGAGGAGCUGGAUUUCUAUUUGGUUCUGAUGUGGCAGAGGCUUUCAACCAUGGCAAUAAUUUGUCAUUUGUUGCCCGUGCCCACCAGUUGGUCAUGGAAGGCUAUAAAAUUCACUUUUCCGAAAAGGAUAAAGAAAAUACAAGAAAAUUUAAUGAACAGGACUUCAGUUCCGAUUCAGAUCCACAAUCGCCGUAUGAUGAUACCCCCGCGCCCGGUGAUACCAUUGCAAUAGCACAAAAAGACAUGGGUAGUGUAGUGACUGUCUGGAGUGCCCCUAACUAUUGCUAUCGUUGUGGAAAUGUUGCUUCGAUCUUGCAGCUUGGUGAAAAUCAGAAUCAAACAUAUAAGAUUUUCGGAGCAGCUUCACAGGAACGAAGCGGGAUUCCUACCAAGCAACCCAUCGCCGAUUAUUUCUUAUGA